AAGACCAAAAGUGUUUGUCAUGAAUGGUUUAAUUAGUCCGCGUGUCAGUUUUAACGAACAUUGUGGACAAACAUUUUACUAGUAAAAUCCGCAGAUGGGGAAACAGGAGCCAUUGAUAGUUAUGUGAGGUUGAAGAAAACUGAAAAAGAAUCCAAAAUACUCAAAUUAUUUUGAAGGAGAAAUUCGAUAAAACAAAUUAUAUUAUUUAAAAAAUUCUUGGGUCAAGGUGUCAAGAAAUUGUUGAAAUUACACGUUGCACGUAUAGAGAUUUCUGGAAGCACGUGAAGAAAAAAAAUGUCUUGCAGAGCGAUAUGACAUGACUGGACCUAAUCCCUUGAAGAGGAUGAUGAUAUUCUUUGUUCUUGGUUUAUGUGCUCGAAGACACCAUGGGGAAAUAUUGAAUUUCUGAUGUUGACUGAAUUUGGUUCUGUAUACUGUUUUGGAUUGUGUGUUAAUAUGGUACUGUGGAAGAAAUGAAUUACGAGCAGUUGAUCGCGUGUGCAAUGUUUACUAGUUCUUUUGCUCACUUCUUCACCAGUAUGUUCUUCUACUGUGUCAACAAUCCUCAUAUGUACAGCACUCUCUAUAAGGUUGCCGACAAAUACUCGUGGCCAAAUGAUCAGUUCCUGGUUAACGAAGACAGAUUUUAUGCCAGCAAUUUAUCCAAUAUCUAUUCGGACUUCGCUUACUUCCCUAGCUCGGAGAAAGAGGCGAUGAAAGAGUUCGUGAAGGAAAUGUUCUAUCAUUCGUACAAUGGGUACAUGGAGCAUGCAUUUCCAUUGGACGAGCUCAAUCCAAUCAACUGUUCGGGACGCGGUGCUGAUCCUGACAAAUCAAACAUUCACCUCAACGAUGCUUUAGGAAACUACUCAUUGACACUCAUCGAUGCUCUUGACACGCUAUACGUCAUGGGCGACUUGGAUGAGUUCUCGCGAGGUGUGCGAUUGGUGUCUGAGAAUGUGGAUUUCGAUACGGACACGAACGUACAAGUAUUCGAAGCUAAUAUCAGGGUAUUGGGAGGUCUAUUAUCAGCACAUAUCUUAGCCAGUUCUGAAGCCGACUCACCUAAACAUCACCAUUCCAAAAAGAACAGGCAAGGAAGUUCUAAGAAGGCUCAAGCUAAAGAGCCAUCAUUACAUAAAUAUAAAUCAUCGCGGAAAGCGUCAUCGAAGUCGUCAUCAUCAGGAACGCUAGUGGACGGGUAUAACAAUGAGUUAUAUGACCUGGCCUUGGAUCUUGCCUCAAGACUCCUGCCUGCUUUCCACGAGAGCCACGCAGGCUUGCCUUAUCCAAGAGUGAACUUGCGUCAUGGUGUGACGGAAGAGCCUUACUUGCGUCAGAAUAUCAACUGCCUCGCAGGAGUGGGUACCCUCAGUCUAGAGUUCGGACUACUCUCACACCUAAGUGGAGACCCAGUGUACGAACGAGUAGCUCGCAAUGCACUGCGAUCAGUUUGGGAUAUGCGCAAUAACGAGACUUUUCUGUUUGGCAACUCAUUUGACAUCCAUUCUAAGCAGUGGCAUAGUGGUCUUAGUGGGUUGGGAGCUGGUAUGGAUUCGUUCUAUGAAUAUCUCAUCAAGGCAUAUGUGAUGUUCAACGAGCAGGACUAUCUGCUACUAUUCAAUGAGAUGUAUAGACUGGUUUCAUAUUUCAACAAAGAAGGAAGGCACCGAUGCCUGUCGCCGUCUCUGAGGAGUGGCGAUCCCAGCGGACCUCCUAUCUUCCGCAAUGUGGACUACAGAUCUGGACAACUACUCACUAACUGGAUAGACUCACUACAGGCUGCAUGGCCAGGAAUACUGGUGUUGUUUGGAGACAUAGAAGAAGCCAUCUGCCAGCAUGCUCUCCACUUUGCAAUCUGGCAGAAGUACUCUGCUCUUCCAGAGAGGUUCAAUCUGGUGCACCAGACCAGUGAAGUCCACUUCUACCCUCUGAGGCCGGAGUUGGCAGAGUCCACUUACCUGCUCUACAGGGCAACAAAGAGUCCCUUCUACCUACACGUGGGAAGAAUAAUAGCAGAAGAUAUCAAUAAAUACACGCGUACCAGCUGUGGCUUUGCGACAUUGAAAGACGUGAAGUCUAAGACACUGGAAGACCGAAUGGAGAGUUUUGUGCUCAGCGAAACUUUCAAAUACCUCUAUUUAUUAUUUGACGAAGAGAACGAGUUGCACUCCUCGAACAUGGCUGGCAAGUUUCUGUUCUCGACUGAAGGACACAUUCUCCCAGUCCUCAAGUACAUCUCCCCCCACCACAACCUCACAAGUGCCUCCUGGUUCUCGCCUCCCCAGCCUCUGCCUGUGGACAGGGCAUUCUCACGGCCAGAUCUGACAUGUGAAGCAGUUCCAUUUCUCUACCAGCACUCCAUGCCGCUCCCACCUCACAUGCUCUACCAGAUAGAAGGGAUAGUCGGACUUCACUCCUAACACUCACUGUCAGUCAGUAUCAGAAUCAAACAAACAGAAGAAUCACAGAUACACUACACUGUGCAAAUUAAAUGUACAAUUCUAAUCAGGCCGCCUAUUGUGUGUGCGUUAAGUAAGGGGCGGGUUAAUACGGGUGGAACAAUAUUCGAAAAGGGUCUUUUUAAGGGCUUAGAAGAUUUCUAAAAUUCGAAUGGAUUUGCCUAUUAAAAAUCGAAAAGUACGCCCGCGUUCGUCAAAUUCAUAAGUCAAGCCUGGUUCUGGUGAUUAAAUACUGAGUAUAUAUUUUUUUGCGCUUUAUGGUGGUAGAAUUUACUGCUGAAUAAUUAAACAUAAAGUUUUCAAAGUAGACAUAUCUAUCAACAAAAGCAAUUUUUUUAAAAGUUCGUUUUUUUUUGAGAAAAAUUAUAUUCAAACAAAAUGCGAUAAUGCAGAUUUUCAUUGAUUUCAAACUCUAAUUGUUUUGCCACAAAUAAGCUAACUCAGAAUCUGGAAUCCAUUUAGAUGUUCGUAAGUGCAUCGACGUUUCUUGUUGGCGCUUUAUUUUUAUCUUCAAUCAAUCAAUCAUCGGAAAACGAUUUAAUCAUCACUUUAUUUUUGUUUAGGUAGUUGAAAAUUCGUUUAAAGCUUUGUAUAUAUUUAAACCGUACUUAAGGUUAAUGUAUUUUGUCGUUCAGCAUUCAGAAAUUAAAUAAAUGUUCAAACAUUAUUUUUUGUAAUAAGUUUUUUUCACCAGGAGCGAAAUAAUAUUUUAAUCUUAAUCUUAUGUACAUCUCGUUUUGUUGUUUAUUUUUGUAAUGCGACAACUCGCAAGAAAAGACAACUCGCAAUAAAAGACAACUCGCAUUAAAAGACAACUCGCAAUAUACUCACCGCCGCAGUCGCGCCAAUGUGUUGCGAGCUUGCCAACAGAGGGUAGGACUUUGUACGAAAUGU